AUGUGGAGUUCACUAAAAUCAUCAGGUACCAAUUGGAAUGAAUCAGAGACAAUUGAAAAUUUACAGGAUGAAUUAGAAUUAUCAUUAAAGACAGGAGAAACGUGUAAAGCAAUUAAAAUUGCAAAUAAAAUAAUUAAAAAUCCAUUAUAUACAGAAACUGCAUGCUUAAACUUCAUCAUCGAGAGAAUACAAAAUGAUCCACUUCUAGCAUCACACUGUAAAUUUUAUAUUAAAGAAAUAAAAAUACGUGCUUAUUCACAAUUAUUAAGAGCAUACAGUAGUUUAACAUUUGCAAAAAUAUCUGAUGAAUUUUUAAUACCAAUUGAUGUUGUUGAAAAUGAGCUAUCAAAGUUUAUUAAAAAGAAAAAAAUUCAUUGUCAAAUUGACGGUGUUUCGCAGUGUGUUAUAAACUCUUGUACUGGUGUUGGCUCAUCAUUGUCAUCAAGUGUUUGUCAUCGUGAUAAAUUAUACAAAGAUAUUAUUAAAAAUGGUGACAUAUUAAUGAAUAGAUUACAAAUACUUUCAACAAUUAUUGACAUUUAA